GGGGCAGACAUUGAAUCGUCUGGCCGGACAGCGGGCAUCGGGUCACCAGGCAUCAGGUCAUUUGGCUCGACAGCGGGCACCGGGUCAUCAGGUACCGGAUUGUCUGGCUCGACAGCGGGCAUCGGGUCACCAGUUAUGACAGCGGGCACUGGGUCACCAGGCAUUAGGUCAUUUGGCUCGACAGCGGGCACCGCGUCAUCUGGCAAGGCAGUGGGCUCCGAGUCAACUGACAUUGGAUCGUCUGACUGGACAGCGGGCAUCGGGUCACCAGGCAUCAGGUCAUUUGGCUCGCCAGCGGGCACCGCGUCAUCUGGCAAGGCAGUGGGCACCGAGUCACCAGGUACCGGAUCAUCUGGAUCAACAGCGGGCAUCGAGUCAACUGGCCUAAUAGGAUCGUCAGGCUGGAUCAGUUCAUCAUGCUGGGUAGAGGCAUCAGGCUGAAUGCCGGCGUCCGGCUGAGUAGAGGCUUCAGGCCGAGUAGAGGCUUCAGGCCGAGUAGAGGCUCAGGCUGAAGAGAGGCAUCCGGCUGAAGAGAGGCUUCAGGCCGAGUAGAGGCUUCAGGCCGAGUAGAGGCUUCAGGCCGAGUCACAGAAGGCAGGUUCACCGGUUUGGAUACUGGCA